AUUUAGUAAAAAAUCUGGGUUUGUUACUGCUGAAUGUGUGUGUAUGUUUGUGUUUCGCAGAAAGGCUGAGUGAUAGAGUCUAGCAACUUUCGAAGGGGAAUAUAAAAAUAUUGGGGGUUGAUUGUAAUAAAAAAAAUGUCGGGGCAAGAUCAGUCACCAAAGGGACGAGAUAUUCCUGCAAUGAGACGAGUAGUGCUAAACGACGUCUCACAGCUGCCAUCUGAUUACAGUUCGACCCCAGGAGGAACAUUAUUUUCCACAACACCUGGUGGUACUCGUAUAGUGUAUGAUCGAUCACGUCUAAUGCAGUUAAGGAACUCACCUUUAGCAAGAAGUCCCCCUGUAAAUAUGGCGAAAAUUCCAGGUGUCACAGAUUUCGAUACAGAUUCAUUCAUAGCUAGUCCAAAAAAUAAAGAGAACGGACCAAAAGAGGACAAAGACCAUUUGAAAGAGGAAUCCAAGUUCGGCCAUGACGAGCACCCCCAGUUUGAAAUGGAUAUUUGAAUGGUUUUACGCACUCAGGCCAAUGUCUUUCGGUCUAAUGCUGUUAUUAAUUGCAUUCAAUCAAAGUGCUCUGUGCUUCACUUCUGAUGAUUAGACAUGCAGGCUGUCAUUCAUCCGACCUGACUGAUAGCAGAAUUCAUCAUUGGCAGUGAGAUGUGUUUGCGUUCAUUGAUAUAUAAAAAUGUGUAUAUCUAAUAUAUAUAAACAAAUAUAUAUAAAGACGGGCUAAUUUUUCCCAGUGAUAUUAUUAGCUUGAUCUGUUUGGCAUACUAUUAGUUAGGCUCAUUGUAUAGUUGACGCAGAAAUACAUUUUGUUGAGUUAGGUUGUUACAAAGUUUUCAUAAUCAAACUUUUUUUUUAAAGAAUUUCUGUGGCCAUAUGACAUGAAGUUUUUAAAUCAAUUUUUAUAUUUUGUUAAAAUUUAAAAGCCUGCAUGUAUGGUUGAUGAAGUUAGCAGCUAAGCCACAUAAUAUCCCCUGGGUCUGGGUUUUUUAAAGUCAUUUAUCCACUGUGUUUAUAUUUUUAUAGAUGUUUCUAAAAAGAUGUCUAAAACUUAGUUUUUCAUGGUUAUUUUUUAUUUUAAAAUAUAUUUUUACAAUUUUAAUUUAGUUUAUAUGAGAAUUAUUAGCAAAUUGAGUUAAAAAAAAUUAAUAUAAAAAUGUAUUGUAUUCAUAUUAUGUUUAAAAUGUUUUAAAAUCAGUAUUUUUACAAAGUCAGUGUGUGCUUGUGAAAUACUUUUCUGUUGCUUUUGAAAAUGAAAAAAACUGAUGUAUUUUUUAAAUUAAAAUUUUAUCAGCAUUAGCUCAAAUUAAUUUUUUUCCUUCUAUCUAAAAGUUGUUUAUCAACCAGCUCCUUGACAAAACAACUUUGCCUUCAUUCAAAUGCAGAUUAUUGUUCACAGUAACCUGCAUGGCAGCAAUACAGAGUGAUUUUUUGUUAAUUUCUUUGCAAAUUUGUUUUCUUUGGCACUCUCUCACAACUAGUUGUCCACAAUGUAUGUAUAUCAAAAUGUAACUAAAAUAAUUUGGAUAGCUUGAUGCAUAUUUCUGUGACAAAGGUUUUUUUUUCGGAAGUUGUAGAUAAUGUUUGAUCUAUAUUUAUGAUAGAUAAGAGUUUGUUGGUGUGGCUGGGCGUGUGAUUAAAAUCUGCUAGUGGAGUACUACAGACUUAUCUAUGCAUACAAGACUAAGCUGAGAGGAAGAUGUGAGGUAUGUUGACUGGUCCUUAGCUGUCCCUGAUUCAUGUGGUCCCUCCGAGCUCUUUAGUUUGUGAGGUUCCAUUUCUACAUGUUCUGUUUAACCCUAGCUUUACAACUGCGCUCGAUAACUUGUUACAUUCUUGUGGUGUUGCAUACAUAUUUUGUUGCUUGCAUGCUUUUGGAAACAUGCAACCUAACCAAAGAAGUCCAGAAUUUUAAGCAUAAUACAAGCUACAUAAUUUUUACUAUUUACAUUUUUUUUUCCUACCGGGUACCUGUCGUCUUGAUGCAUAGAAAUAUAGUUUAAUUUUUGCAAAUGAAAUAUAUGGUUAUCUACGUACAGUGUUAAAUUUUCUAACAUAUAGUUUCAGUGCUCAUGGGUAGGUGUUAAAUCCUGAACUUUAAUUCAUGUAAUUUUUUCCAUUUGGCAUAAAGGGAGUGGUAUCAACAUUUAAUCAACAAUAUAAUAACCCUAAUUUUAUUUUGCUAGUGUCUGGCAGUAUGUGUUCAUAAUUAAGGAAGUUAAUUUUGAAAUAAAAUGCUACACUAUGAAUUUUUUUUUCUUGAAACAGUAUUUUUUUAUGCACACACUUCAUGUUCAUAUCUGUAUGAUUUGUUUUUGCUUCAAAUCAAACUGGGUCUGUGUACUGGUCAAACACUGAAAUCCUGGAUCACUUGUGUUCUUGUCAUUGAGAGUGUGCUCAGUUUCUUGUCUUGAUUUAAAUCUUCCUCUUAAGCUUAAGGCCAGUGUCUUAGUUAGAUUAUAAUGACUUGUUUGCCAUAAGCUGUUUGUGUGAGAGUAUUGUUUGUAGGAAAAUAGAAUCACAUUGAAGGUCCCUUCAGUCAAGAAAUAUAAUCAAGGGAGACAAGCAUCAUUUUUGUGCCACUGUUAACUAUCAACAAGGCAAUUAUUCUUUCUCAGCUUUCUGUCUGACUUCAGGUCUCAGUGUUGUCAUCAUUAGCCUUCAUAGGUGUCUGCAGUAAUGAGGGUCUAGGAUCAACUAAGAUCUCCCCCCACUACUCAUUAGUAUUCAGAAAAAAAAACACCUACUUAAAAUAAAGAAAAAGGGAGCUUAAACAUUACUGUUACUUGAUUAUAUGUCAUUGAAUUAUGUUAUCAAUCACAUGUUAAUUUUGUGAAAGUUUGUUGUCAGAGUAGCCUCCCCUUUAACAGUUGCCUGUGUCCAUUCAGUAUUUCUUCUUGUUCUGAUUGUAUGCAAGUGUUGGAUCUGUAUGAUUACAAGGGCAUUAAUCAUGGCGAGUUUUGUUUACUAAUUCAUUCUGUGUUUGAACCCCCAGUGAAAGAUACCGUUACACAAUGUUUUCACUAUUCAUAGGUCAAAUGUUAAUACAUGCGAGGUCAGAGGUCGAGUGCUAGCUUUAUUUAAGUUUAAUUAUUUUUUCAGUGCUAAAACAACCCAACAAUCUCAUUGUGGAGGGUUUUUGUUUUGUUUUACCCUAAUAAAAUCUACACGAGCA